AAGAAGUACGUUGGAUGUCAUUGUACGUAUGUUUAUUGAUGGAAAAUCUGUGUUUGGAACGUCUGUAAUUGAACUUUAUGUUUGUAUAAUUUGCCGAUAUAUCAUGUCGAAGAGGAGUUCAUUAGAUGGGAUUAAGAAAGGGUCUUCCCAUAAUGGAUCGGAAUCUGAUCAGAGUCCAGAUGACACAGCAGGAAAGGAUGAUGGGGCCAAAAAACAGAAACUUUCUUUUGGUUAUGGAAAGAGAUCCGUUACAAAACCUGAAGAGAAAGUCACUGAUACAUCCAUUAAGAAGGGAAUUCAAAUAAAAUUAGGUUCUCAGAAACCUGUUCAUCAAAGCAGUGCUGUUAAGUCACAGUCCAGUGCAGUUGCAGCUGCAUUCAACUUAGAUGAAGAAGAAGAACCUGAAGAAAUGCCUCCUGAAGCACGUAUGAGGAUGCGUAAUAUUGGCAGAGAAACUCCGACUUCAGCAGGUCCAAACUCAUUUGGUAAGACAAAGCAAGGUUUCUGUGAUGCCAAGAAAAUAUUUGAGAAAACAAUGAAGAAGGCAAUGGAUAGUACAGAUAGUUCCAAGAAAACAACAGAGUGAAAUGACUGUGGUAUACAUAUAUAUCUUAUGUUUCAGACUAGUAUCCAGAAAAACUGAGGACUGCGAUUGAGUUUGAUUUAUAAGAUUUUGACCAAUUACUAGGUCUGUUUGAAAUGCAGAACAUUAUAAAUAUCCUCAUAAUUGAGUAUCUGAUGGUCAUUGAAUUGUGUAGUUCUUAUUGCCAGUGUCAGAACGUAAUAGAUGCACAUUACUUUAUGAUGAUAUGGUAACAUUACUGAUCUUAUUGUUUGUUCAUUUCAGAUUACAUUUUCUUUGUGGUAAUGUGUAUAUUUAAGAAGUGAGCUGUCUUAUGUUUUUUCUCUAUCUUUAUUCAUUCACAGUUCAUGUUGUUAAAUCUCAUUACAUGAGUGACUGAUACACCAGUACAAUAAAUACUACUAAAAUGUA